CGCUUUCACCUUCAUUCACAAGCUAAUGAGGAGUUCCGCGACUGAGCAUGUUAGGCUAUAAUCCGGCGGUCUGGCGUUCUUUGGCCGUAACAGCAGUCUUGCGUUUGCGUACAAAUCGCGCAAGACAGUGGCGAGCGGUGCACAGGUGCGUCCAUCACGACCACAAAAACUCUACUACAAUGGACUUGUCGAAGGUGGUCGAAAUACUAGAACGCAUAGCACCGCCCUCGACAGCGGCGUCGUGGGAUAACGUCGGUCUGCUGAUCGAACCUAGCGGUUCGCCGGUAGUGAAGAACGUGCUCCUAACGAACGACCUCACACUGCAAGUGAUGGACGAAGCAGAGCAGCGAAACGCCCAGCUGAUUGUGUCCUACCACCCACCAAUCUUCACGCCUCUGCGCGCGCUUCGCCAAUCUCAAUGGAAGGAGCGGCUCGUGAUCCGCUGUCUUGAGAGAGGCAUCGCCGUCUACUCACCGCACACAGCCUGGGACGUGGCUGACGGCGGGGCCAACGACUGGCUCGCGUCGUGCCUCGGAUCUUCGACUACGGAGCCGCUGGCGGCUGACGGCGCGGGACGGCGGCUGCGGCUCGAGCCACCCGUGGUCCUGGAAGAGCUCGCAGCGCGGCUCGGAAAGCAUGUGGGCGCGCCGAAAGUACGGCUGGCGCUGGCCGCGCGGCAUACCACAAGCUCUGCGAUCUCGCGCGUCGUCCUGUGCGCCGGCUCUGGCGUUUCCGUGUUGCGCGAGACCUUUGACGAGGCCGAGCUGGUGGUAACAGGCGAGAUGUCGCACCACGACAUACUGGACGCCACACAACGGGGCGCGUCGGUGUUCCUGUGCGAGCAUGCAGUAUCCGAGCGCGGGUCGCUGGGCCGAUUGGCCAAGCGGCUGAGCCAAGAGGCGCCCGUGCUCUCUGUGGUCAUAUCGCAAGCAGACACUGGACCCCUUCAACUCGUCUAAUUUCUUUAUUGUCGCUACUUGACCGGUUUCAUGUGCCACAGGCCGUCAUUGAGGUAGUGCACGUUCUCCACUCCGAUGCCUUUGUUGAUGCUGGCUCUGCGAGCAACAGUACACAAAAUAAUGUUAGUACCAGUUUGACCAUAAAAUAUUACACUUGACCAUGCCAUCAGUUGGCUAUCACAAUUAUUGAGGAGCGUGUAUGUGCGUUGUUCCUGUUCAACUUCAAAAAACACUAGCCAGUGCUACUAUGUGAUUGUACGGAAUCUUAUGCCAUGGGAGGUACACAUCUUCAUGCAACAGAAAGUGCUGUUCAAUGUAGAAACCCACCGGUGACAUUGUUUCACUUGUAGACACAAUGACGCAUUCAAAGUGUUUCUAGCGGCUUCAGAAACAGUGAAAGACUUACAUGUCGUCUGUAGACAUGACUGUAAAGCCAACCGCCAGUGAGUGCUCCUUGCCUUCGGCCAUGAUCGCCUAAUAAAGAGUCAAGGAAUGCAGUGACAAUA